AUGAGGGAGAAGGAUGAGAGCGAGCAGGGGAGUGAUACUUCUUCAACCAAUCACACUUGGCUCAGGGCGACCAACGAAGUCAGGUGCAUGGCCACGACACGCCAUGGGUUUGUCCUGACAGGGCACAUUGAUGGUUAUGUCCGAGCAUGGAACCUGGACGGCACGAAGCUGGAGAGCGAAUCUUGGCCAGCAGAGCUCAGGAUGCACAACACAGGCAUUACCGUCCUCGUGGAAGAUUAUGAAGGAGCGAUAUGGACAGCGAGCAUGGCUGGGAGCGUACGAUGCAUAUCCCAAGAUGGAAAGAAAACCUCGAUAGAAGCAAAGGCUCCUGGACGCAAGAAUGCUCAUAACACUGAGGUGAAUGCGAUGAUUGCGACAGCAAACAAGACGUUGUGGACUGGGGCAAAGACGGUUUUGUGCAUGCUGUCCUCCAGGGGGAAAGUGAGGAGAUCUUUGCAAUUUGUUCAGAUUCGUGGAGGGUUGACGAGCAUCUUUGGGUAUCAGACGAUCAUGUAUGGAGCGGGUCGGGUGAUGGGCAUGUAA